AUUAUGACAGUUACUACUGUUACUACUUGAGACCAUCAUUAUAACUGUUACUACUUGAGACCGUCAUUAUAACUGUUACUGCCAACAGUUAUAACUGUUACUCUUUGACACCGUCAUUACAAGACUGAGUGAAGGGAUGAACAUAGAAAAUGAAAACUUAAAGCAAAAAGGAAGGGUCCAGGGGAAGAAGAAGAGAGCUCCCUGCUUCUAGUCAUCAAGAUACCUUGACCGCUCAUCCCCUGACUUCAAGAAAGAAUAUGGGCUUUUCAUCAUUCUCAGAGACCAGAUGUUUCCUGUCACCACCCAUCACAGUCUCCAUUAGGUACUUUGUAUGUCCAGGGCAGAUGGCUCUUCUUAAGGCCAAUAAGGAUCUCAUUUCCGCAGGACUGAAGGAGUUCAGUGUUCUGCUGAAUCAGCAGGUCUUCAAUGAUCCUCUCAUCUCUGAAGAAGACAUGGUGACUGUGGUGGAGGACUGGAUGAACUUCUACAUCAACUAUUACAGGCAGCAGGUGACAGGGGAGCCCCAAGAGCGAGACAAGGCUCUGCAGGAGCUUCGACAAGAACUGAACACUCUGGCCAACCCUUUCCUGGCCAAGUACAGGGACUUCCUGAAGUCUCAUGAGCUCCCGAGUCACCCACUGCCCUCCUCCUAGCUCAGGGACCCAGACCCUCCUCUCUGAGAAACUCUGACCUUCAUGUCCUCAGGCUGUGCUCCUGCCACUCUACCCUGACACCUCAAUAAAGACCAGUACUGGUUUUGUUGGA